CUAUACCUGUAAGAAACAAGAACACAUUGAUGUAGUUAUAUUAUGGUUUGAUCGCAGGGUUUAGUCUUUAGGAAGUAUUGAAGAAUAAAAGACUUGAGGGUGGCGCCUUGGCCGGCCACCAGGCGGCUCCACCACCCUCACCUCAACGUCCACCAAAACAUUUAUCUCUGGUUGUUGCUGCAGAGAAUGUGUGUGUGUGUGUGGUGAUGAUGGAGACUAGUUGUGGUGAGGAGCAGAUGGUGCCAGCAGCCACAGGUCGCAGGCUGCGGACACGACUCAGCCAGAUCAAUUACUAUUGUGCGGAGGACAUCGUCGAGGAUGACGAAAGGGACUCGAGAGUUAGUCAUACAAAGAACCGAGGAUGUAAGAGGAAGGCGGAGGUUAACAUAGAGAGUCUGUAUCGUCAAGAAAACUAUCAGGAAAUUUCCUCGACCCCGCUGGAGACUAUCUACGAGUCACCUCACUGCAGCAGAGGCGGGAAGAGAACCAACAGAGGGAGAGGGAGUAACAAUGACAAGUUAACAUAUGUUGAGACUGAUACAGACUUAUCACUGAUGGCUGCAAAGAAGUUGAAGAGGAUUUGUCUCUUUGCCAGUCACUACAAUCCUUCUAAACAAAAAAUUCGCCAUCGUAAAGAACGCGCCCGUAAGAUGAAGCAGACAAAGGGCGUGAAAAUUCCAAAGGGAACGACUAUAUCUGUUGAGGACCUUGAGGCAGUCCUGGCUUGUUUAUCAGAUGAUGAAGAUGAUCAGAUAGAAAACAACCAAAAUGUUACCAACAGUAAGUUUCCAGGUGUGGUCAGCGACUCUGGGUUUUAUGUUGGUAAUAUUACAAGAGCAGACACUAGUGAUGCAGUCAUGGAGGACAUCACUCAGGACAUGGACGCUCUUACAGUGAAUAAGUCUCAAGUACACGCAGAUUUACAGUCGAGGGCAGAUCAUACUGUAAAAGCGCAAAUGCUUGAGCAAUUUCUCCCAUUGCCAAUUUUUGAUGAACCUCCACUGUCUCAUUCCUUCAGCUCGCGUGAAAAGAAGUUACGGAGACGAUCCGGAAGAUUGUUGGGAUGUGUGUUGCCACCCGUAGAAAGGACCUUAGAAGCCAUUCUUGAUGAGGAGCAGUGUGUGGCUGAUGUACAGUGUUGUCACCCUUCCACCUUAACCAUAUUAUCUCCUGUAAAUAAUUCAUCCACACCUGAAAUCUUGCACGAAUCAUCCACUACCGUAGAAAUAGAUUCAGUUGUUGCUGAGCCUAAAGAGUCUGCAGGAAAGAAGCCAUUGAAGCCCAGGCAAAGAAAAAAGAAUGUCAUAAACUGUGAUGAUGAUAAAGGUAGUGAACAUACAAAUGAACAAAGAAUUGUUGCUAAGAAAAGAGCAAAACAAAGAAAACCUCAACAUGAAGAAGGAAAGAAAGUAAAGAAACUUGAAAUGGGCACAAAAAGACAAAAUAAAUCAGAAGUAGACAAAAGAAUUAAGAAAAGGAGAGAUUAUGAGGUUGAUGGUGUUAACUCAAUAGGAGAAAAAACUUUGUCCAUGAAUUACCCUCUUGUGUCUCAGGUCACCUCAGAAGUAGUGACACUUCCUUGUGAUAAAGCUCGGGUAAAUCGUCAUGAUGAGGGAGCUGUUAAGCCUAAUAGAGGCAGUAACAGGAGAGGGACACGGAGACUGUCUGGGAAACAGCAGCCAUUGUACCACACCUUCACCAAGCCAACAAGCUUAAAUCUAGAUGUAAAUAAUUCCUUAGAUAAAUCCUUGGAUCUUAUUGAGGCAGCUGAGUUAAAUCCUUCAAACAGUGUGGAGUCAAGUAUGCCACCACCAUCAUUGGUAAACACAGCUCAAGAAGCUGUUAUGGUCUGCACUUCUCCCACUGGGGCUCCUUCAGAUGGUGUUGUCUGUUGUCGUUCUCCCACUUCACCUUCAACCAGACUGGCUGCUCUUACCCUUCACACUGAUAAGUCUUCCUCACCCUCCUCCCUGAGUCUUCAUCAGUCUCCUGCCAGUACUCAAAUUAACAAGAACAUUAACAGAAAGCUUCGUAGACGUUCGGCAAGGUUGGUCAUAGAGACUGUAAACGACGUAAAGUUACGGAAAAAUUUUGUAUCAAGUUUUGGUUCAUAUUGGUCAGCUGCUUCACCACCGUGUUGCACCAAGAAGGUUGUCAAUGUUGACAUAAAUACUUCAGGUGCAGCUCCUGUUAGAGAGAACACCAAUUCUUAUCCUUUAGAUUUGACUGUAUUUGAAUCGCAGUUUGAGGAGAGAUGUAAUGCUAAGGCUGCUACAGGCAGAAGAGGAAUUAGUAAAAGAGGUAACAAGACUAGAUGCAACUCAGGAAUGUCAUGUAAUCAGAAGUCUGUAGUGGCUGAGCAAAAACUUAAAGGUAAUGAUGUGAUGAACAUAUCAGGUAAUACACUUAACUGUACUGUUGUUGUUAAUGAACGUCAUCCACACAUUGCAGAGCAGGAACCAAUGAUUCCUGGUGUGACAGAACUUGAUAAUCAGGCUUUGCUUAUGCCAACAAAAAAUUCCAUAAUAACCAGUGUACCUACCCUCAGUACAUGUGCUGCACGCACACCACCAACUAAUGCAUUAGUACAAAGUUUGUUUGAUUCAGAUAAUACAGUAAAGGGUACAAAAGCACAUGACCCUGUGUAUAAUAUUAAAUCACAGGUUCUCCAGGAGGUUCUCUCCCACUGUGAUGUCCCUCAUAAACACCUCAGUUCAGGUGACUCACAACAGGGUGUAAGUAGACAUAAUUUCUUUGAUCAUGAUAUUAAGGUAACAGAAAACCUUGAAACUCACGGUGCACUAAACCUUCAUCAAGAAGACAGCAACUUGGUACCAGUAAUACAAGCACAUGUUCCAGUUUUGUCUACUGUUUCCAGUCGUGUUUGUGAACCACACAAUAACUUGAUGACAACCAGUUACUCUGUAAUAACUGCAGGCACCAGCAGAGACAACCUUGACGGUCAUAUACCCAGUAGUAAGAGUGAAGGAUGUCUCUUGUCUAAAUAUAUUAGUGAUGACAUGGCAUGGGGUCCUGUUAUUAGUGGUGUAUUUGAAAACAAAGUUGGAAUUCGGCUGGGGAAGACAUAUCAGAACAAGGCUGUGUCCAGAAACAUUACCAACCAAGUGUCUCGGUGUGUGGACUCUCUCUUGGGAGAUCCAUCCUCACACUCAUGAAUAGUUGUAACAUGAAACACCCUGUGGUUGUUGAGUUAUUGGGGAUGUUUCAUAGAUGCAACAUAUUAAAUGUCGUCCACUUUUAUAUCUUGAAGUAAUAGAAACCUGCAAAAUUGAUCAUUAGUGAAGAUGGGGAAAAUCCAUUUUCUUCAUGUUUUUAUUUAAUGGGUGGUACUUAUAGAGAGAAUUGUUUUGUUUUUUAUCUGAAUAUAUAGGGUGAGCAUAAAAUCUUUCCCUGAUUGCAAACAUUUAUUACACAAAACAUAUGCUAGGUACAAACAUACAGUUUUUUGCAGCUUAAAAUAUGCAUGAAAAAAUCUAUGAAUUCGUCUACCCGGUACACAAUGCUACAACAUUCAUGUUUCUA